UCGCCAGUUCGCCGUGAGCGCUCGUGAUGCGAGGACGUUCUGUGAUUUCAUCUAGGAGCGUACCGUCGCUUUCUCACCUCGAGCUUUGAGAAGAAAGAGAGGAGAGAGAAAGAGAGAUAUAGAGAUAGAGAUAGAGAGAGAAAGAGAAAAAGAAAGAGAGAUAUAUAUUAUAUAUAUAUAGAGAGAGAGAGGAGAAAUAAAGAGAAAGAAAGAAAGAAAGAGAUAAGGAGAGGGAAUCGCGGCUCGCACCGCGUUCUGCUCACGCCUGUCAUCCUUUUUCGUGUUGCCGCUUACUUAUCGUCACUCGCGCGCGCGAUUUGGACUCUGACGAGAGGUGAAAAGACGCGCUGAUAGAGGGAGGACAGACAGACGGACGGAUAAACAGGAAUAUAGAGAGUGGGGAGAGAAAAGAAAAAGAAGAUUCCACGAACGCGUAAAGCGAGAAAGUGAGAGAUAGAGCUUUCCAAAGGUGAAAGAGAGAUAGAGAGAGAGAGAGAGAUAGAUAGAUAGAGAGAGAGAGAGAGAGAGAGAGAGAAAGAAAGAGAGAGCUUUUUUUAACGUGCAGCAUGUAACGAGAGGAUCGGCCUUCGACGACGAGACAUAGAGUAACCUUGUUUCUGCGUUCCAACCUACGCUCUUCUCAUGACACACACACAUAUACACAGAGAAUACAAUCACUCACUCAUACACAAAUACAAGUCUCUCCCGUAACUCCGUAAGCUUUAGAAAGGAAAUACGACGAGCGGAGAGAACGCACGCCACGACAUUUUUCCGCUCGAAAUACGUAGUAUAUACGAAGUACAUACGUGCGUACGUAGUUCGAAGGUGGUGGAGGUACCGAGAGAAAGAUAGAGAGACUAGCGAGAGAGAAAGAGAGAGAAAGAGAAAUAGAGAGAGAGCGAGAAUAUAUCACGUUGGAGGAUCUCGCGGAGGAGAGAGACCAGCUGAUCGUGGAUCGCGGAUAUAUACACGUUGCUGCUCUUCGCGCCGGAUAAGUUCGCCGCGGCGUGUGUGCGUGCGCGGCUCGAUCGUGUCGUCGUCCUACGUCGGCCGCCUACUCCUUUUACUCCUCUUUCGCAGAAGAUAGAGAAAGAGACAGAGAGGGAGAGAGAGAGAGAGAGAGAGAGAGAGAGAAAGAGUGGGAGAGAAAGAGAACUUCUCAUACGCUUUUGUGACGCUAGCGUGGUGGACAAUGACGGAUUCGAGCGGACAGAUAGUGUGUGUGUGUUAGUUGAGAGAUAGAGGAAAGAGAAAGAUAGAUAGAGAAGACGACAGAAGAGAGAAAAGAAGAAGGGGGAGCAUAGAAAAAGAGAGAGAGAAAGAGAGAAAGAUAGCUAGAUAGACGGAGAACCAAGCGUCGAACUUUGCUACGUGAUAUCAACGUCAGAGUUGUGCGUGAAAGGAAGAUCGCGCGAUGCGUUAAAGUGUACGAAAGAGAAAGAACGAGAAAGAGAGAGAGAGAGAGAGAGAGAGAGAGAGAGAGAGAGAGAGAAACGUGGUAUAGAAAGAGAGAAAAGAAGAAGGAAGAAGUAGAGGAAGAAGAAGAAGAAAAAGAAGAAAAAAGAAGAAACGAUUCGGACGAUUCUCGUUGCUUUCCUCUCCGUUCGAUCCGACCGAGGGAGAAUCUUCGUCGUCGUGGUUAAAGUUGACGCGGGUGGGUGCGCUCCUCCCGCAAAAGGGAGAAAGACGAGGAAAGAUAGCGGCGAAGAGAGACGGAAGGCACUCGGCGAAGGGGAGAAGGUACGAGAGGAGUUGAAGAGAGGCUGCACGCGAGAGAAAGAGACCUUUUUUACUCCGUUCGCUGAAAGAGAGAGAGAGAUAGAUAGAGAGAAAGAGAGAGAGAGAGAGAGAUACACAUACAGAAAGACACCAUACACACACACGAACAUAUAUCUAUAUAUAUAUAUAUCCACACACAUACGCACAUUGAGUGAUAGAGAUAGAAAGAGAGAGCUGUGUGUGUGUGUGUGUGUGUGAGAGAGAGAGAGAGAGCGAGAGAGAGAGAGAGAGAGAAAGAGGACGCAUCGCUUCUGAAUAUGUCCGCGAAGCGAAAGGCCACUGCCAUCAUGCAGCACCACAAGGAAAACAUUUCGACUCCAGAGCCGGCUGAUAUAUCCGAGGACGAUCACUAUUCAAGCGCGCUCAUGAAAGACGCGGAUAAGCUGAAGCUGAUGCUGCUAGCGUGGAAUUAUAAUCUUCAACAGCAGGCUCAGGCACAGGCACAGGCACAGGCACAGGCGCAGGCUGCGAACGCGGCCCUCUCGCCAAAUAACUCUUCGACAACCACGGCCACCACAGUUGGCACACCUGUCACCAGCCAAUCGACUAUUUCCACGGCAAACAACACCAUUAACAACUCCACUCUUACAGACGCACGGAAUGGUUCGACAGAGUUGGUGGACAUACCGACAGGUACGGUGCCAAGCUUGGGCACCGUGGCUGGCGUUGGUAGUGAGGAUAUGGCGUCUCUAUGGGCGUCUUAUGCUAUGGGCCUGAAAAA